GGUUACAAAAGUAUUUCAUACGUACGAUCAAUCUUAUAACAUUAUCGAGCGAAUUUAUUGUUAUAUAUUGUAAUAAAUAAUGAUAUUUGAUAUUACACCGGAAACUGCUUUGAAAUUUACGAAAAUGAGUGUUAUAAUAAUGGGCUGUUGGCCGCCACCUUUAAACGCAACAAAAAAACAAUUACUCUUGCGUGACAUUUAUUGGUGGACAUCGUUUUUAACCGCUACGUUCUUACUUUUAGCAUUAAUUAAUGGGAUUUAUGAGUAUCGUCAGAAUACUUUAAUUACGAUACAAACUACGUGCAUUCUAGCAGGUGUCUGUCAAAUGUGUAUAAAGAUGUUGAUAUUGAGAAAGCAACGUUGGAAAUUUCAGUCGAUAAUCCUGGAGAUGGAAAAUUUCGUGAAACGAGCUAACCCUUUGGAAAAAAGAAUAUUAAAAAAUUACGUAAAGAGAUGUGCGAUUUUUCAUUUAAUUACAACCAUUGGCUUUUACGUGAUUUGUUCAGGUCUUAUUUUAGGACCGACGAUAUUAUCCCAACCAUUGCCAACAUACGCCAAGUAUCCUUUUAAAGUUGAUUCGCAUCCCAUAUACGAAAUAAUUUACUUUCACCAAGGAUUCGUUGGAAUUUUAGCAUCCGUCGGUGGUACCAUUGAUUGUCAGGUUGCAGUUUUAUUGUGGUUCACCUCGGCAAGAUUUGAAAUUUUGUGCGUGGAAUUAACAAGAUUUAUCAAUUUAUACGCAAAGGACGUUGUUAUAACUGUACGUUAUAUCAUUCUUAUAACUACUUGCAUAUCGGCCAUGAUCAUGAUAUUCGGUGGAUUACAACUUAUUUUUGUUAGUUAUGCGAAAUCAACAACCAUGAAAAUUCAAUUCGUCAUUCUCGUUAUUGGUGCAGUUAUUCAAUUAUUUCUAUGUUCUCAUCCAGCUGAAAAUUUAGCAGGAAUGAGUAUAGCCAUUGGAUUAUCGGUAUAUAAUUCUAAUUGGAUUGGACAAUCAACAAAAGUAUUGAAAAGUAUGUGCAUUUUGAUCCAAAGAUCUCAAAAACCUGUAAUUGUUAACAUCGAUGGAGUUUUACCAGCGUUAUCUCUAAAAUAUUACGCUUCGUUUCUAUCUUCAUCAUUCUCGUACUUUACAACGUUACGUGCUGCAGUCAUUUAAACAAUAAAUCAGAUAGAUCAAUUAGAUAGAUUGUUAUUAAUACAAAGAC